ACCCUGCUCUUCAUGCGUCGGCUCCUGCCAGGACCCCGGGGCUUCGGAGUGUCAUUGGGGGAUGACCGCAGCCCUUGCCGCCGCAGCUGCCACCGCGACCAUGGUGUCCGGCAGCAACGGCCUGGCCGCCGCCCGCCUUUUGUCGCGCACCUUUUUCCUGCAACAGAAUGGAAUUCGACACUGUUCCUAUGCAGCUUCCCGGAAGCACCUCUAUGUUGAUAAAAGUACGAAGGUUAUUUGCCAGGGUUUCACUGGUAAGCAGGGCACCUUUCAUAGCCAGCAGGCUUUGGAAUACGGCACCAGACUCGUUGGCGGAACCACGCCAGGGAAAGGAGGCAAGCCGCACCUGGGCUUACCCGUCUUUAAUACUGUGAAGGAGGCCAAAGAGCAGACAGGAGCGACAGCCUCUGUCAUUUAUGUCCCUCCUCCUUUUGCUGCUGCUGCCAUCGACGAAGCUGUUGAGGCAGAAAUGUCCUUGGUCGUGUGCAUCACGGAAGGUAUCCCGCAGCAGGACAUGGUACGGGUCAAGCACAAGCUGCUCCGCCAGGGAAAGACGAGGCUCAUCGGCCCCAACUGCCCCGGAGUCAUCAACCCUGGAGAAUGCAAAAUUGGCAUCAUGCCUGGCCAUAUUCACAAGAAAGGAAGAGUUGGUAUUGUCUCCAGGUCAGGCACCCUGACGUAUGAAGCAGUUCAUCAGACAACACAAGUUGGACUGGGACAGUCUUUGUGUGUUGGCAUUGGAGGUGACCCUUUCAAUGGAACAGAUUUUAUCGACUGCCUUGACAUCUUUCUGAGAGACUCAGGCACAGAAGGCAUCAUAUUGAUUGGUGAAAUUGGUGGCAAUGCAGAAGAAAAUGCUGCAGAAUUUUUGAAGCAACAUAACUCCGGUCCAAAUGCCAAGCCUGUGGUGUCCUUCAUUGCUGGUCUAACUGCUCCUCCUGGGAGAAGAAUGGGUCACGCAGGGGCCAUUAUUGCUGGAGGAAAAGGGGGAGCUAAGGAGAAGAUUGCUGCCCUUCAGAGCGCAGGAGUCGUGAUCAGCAUGUCCCCUGCGCAGCUGGGAACCACCAUCUACAAGGAAUUUGAAAAGAGGAAGAUGCUAUGAAGGAGCAAAGCGGUCCUUUCGCCUGUGGAUGAAUCUGGUAGACAGGGGCGGCGGCAGCUCGCUCCCUUCUCUACUGGUUGCUGACUCUUGUGCCUGACAUGGGUCUUUCAGUGUGACAGGAAACCAAAACAAGGCUUAGAAUGUAUUAAAUUGAGGUAUUUUCACCUACUGUACAACAGAGACACAAUAAACCUACCACUUGAUUUGAA